CAAACUAGCCAACCUAGUUUAUUUGGACAACCUACUAACCAACCUAGUUUAUUUGGACAACCUACUAAUUCUCAAACUGGUUUUGGAUUUGGACAAACUGCUGCCCAAACUAGCCAACCUAGUUUAUUUGGACAACCUACUAAUUCUCAAACUGGUUUUGGAUUUGGACAAACUGCUACCCAAACUAGCCAACCUAGUGGAUUUGGACAAACUGCUGCCCAAACUAGCCAACCUAGUUUAUUUGGACAACCUACUAACCAACCUAGUUUAUUUGGACAA